UUUGGCAACAUUUUCACCGCUCGUCUUUGAAAAUUGUGUAACAUCGUGUCCGUGAAUUGACGUUGAGAACGUUUGCUGUCAUUGUUUUAAUAUUUGUAAAUUAUUUAUUGUAAAAGCGAAUAUGGUUUCUACGGAUAUAAACGAAUUAACAGAAAUCCUCGCGCAGACAAAGGUAGAAGAAGAAAAAGGUGUCAAUUUCGCAGGACGCUCUCUUAAACUCGAUUCGGAAAAAGAUGCCGAACCAGUAGUUGAUGCAAUCAAGAAAUGUCCAAAUAUGACAUCUUUAAGAAUGGAAGGAAAUACAGUCGGUGUGGAAGCAGCCAAAGCAAUUGCAAAAGCACUCGAGAGCCAACCUGAUUUUAAGAAAGCAUUUUGGAAAGAUAUGUUUACUGGUCGAUUAAAGGAUGAAAUACCAGAGGCAUUAAAUUAUUUAAGCAGUGGAAUCAUGCUCUCUGGUGCUAAAUUAGUUGAAUUAGAUCUCAGUGAUAAUGCUUUUGGUCCUGUUGGAAUUAAAGGAAUACUCUUACUUUUAAAAUCAUCAUCAUGCUAUUCAUUACAAGUUUUAAAAUUAAAUAAUAAUGGUCUUGGAAUUGGAGGAGGAAAAAUGCUUGCUGAAGCUCUUUUAGAAUGCCAUAAAAACAGCAAAAAGGAUAAUAUGCAAUUUUCACUGAAAACAUUUAUUUGUGGAAGAAAUCGUUUGGAAAAUGAAGGUUCAAAAGAAAUAGCAAAAGUUUUUGAGGCUCUUGGUUCCUUAGAAUGUGUUUGCAUGCCCCAAAAUGGCAUAAAUCAUGAAGGAAUAAGUGCUUUAUCCAAAUCUUUGGCAUUAAAUAAAAAUCUCAGAGAAAUAAAUCUUAAUGAUAAUAUAUGUACAGAAAAAGGAGCUAAAGCAUUAGCCAAGUGCAUAAAUAACCUAUCAAAUUUGGAAAUAAUUAAUUUUGGUGAUUGCCUAAUAAAAACAGAAGGUGCAAAAGCAAUUGCUGAUUCUUUGAAAAAUAACACAUUUCUUAAGGAACUAAAUUUAGGUUUUAAUGAAAUUGGAUUAGGAGGUGGAAUUGCAUUAAUAAAAGUUAUGGCUAACAAAAAAUCUUUACAAAAAUUAGAUUUAGAUGGAAAUAAUUUUGGAACUGAAGGAUGUAAAGAAAUACAAGAAAUGAUGACUGAAAUUGGACAGUUAGAAGCUCUUGGCUCGUUAGGGGAUGAUGACGGGACAGACGAUGACGACGAAGAUGAUGAUGAGGAUGACAAUGAUAAAGAUGACAUUUAUGAAGAAGAAAAUGAAUAUCAUAUUGAGAAUGAAGAAAGCGAAAAACAUACAAAUAAUAAUGUGGUUAUCUCUGAAAAUAGUAUGGAAAAAAGUUUCGGUUCGCCAACAGCUGAAAAAAUCCAACAAUUAGGCUUGAAAAUUGAUGAAUUUGAGAUUGGUGACGACUUAAGUGAAGACGAAUACAUGAGUUCUUUUAUAAAGAUUUCUUCUGCAGUAACUCCUGAUGAUGUAGAAGCAAAGAUUUUUGCAUGUUUAUAUGCAGAUAAAAUUCUUUCAAAAGCUUUCAAAAAAGCAGAAGAGAAAAACACUGUACCAUUAUUAACAAACACUUUAUUAGUGCAUUUGGGACUAAUUAAAAGUGAAGAUAAAAGUUUUACACCACCAAAUAACCUUAAAGGACCAUUAUUAGUUUUAGAGCAUGCCGUCAAACAAAAAUAUUUUAGCAAAAUGACCAAAGAUGUCUUGCAAUUAUUUCUUUCAAGGCCAAUCAAGGCGGUGGACGCUUGUGGGAAAAUAAAGCAUUCUCUGAUGCGGAGUUUAUAUCAAUUUUAAAUAUUUGUGUUAAGUGUGCAAUUGAAUAAAAAUUACAUUUCUUAUCGUUAUACAUAUUUAUCCAAAUGUUUUCCAUAAAUGGAAACUUUUUCAAGAUUCUGUAUAUUAGAUUGUAGAUACAAAACAAAAACAAAAAAUAAACACAGUUGGAAAGGUUUCAAAACUUUUUAUAAUAAUGAUCCCACUUAUAUUAACUUUCAAAAAUUACAACUGAAAAUAAAUUGUUUUUGUUAAUAAAAUCUUAUGUAACAUAAAGCAUCAAAAUUAUAUCUUAGUAUGAGGGAAGAAAAGUUACUGAUCUCAAUAAACAUAUAAGAAAUGGUACAGGGUAGUUCUGAAAUAUGGGGACAAAUUUUAGGCAGUAAUUCCUGCCAAGACAAGAAACAAAAAUGCUCCUGUAAACAUACUAAAGGAUUUAUUUCACUGCAUAAAAUUACAGAACAGUAUGUAAUACCUAGCCAGUCACAGCAAAUGCUUGAAGUGUCCCCUAUGUGUCUACACAAAUGUGGACUGCCGCAUCCUUUUAGGUGUUCUUGCUUGUAUCCAAAUAGCAUUACAGAUGGCAUUCGCACAUUUUUCUAGAACAACCAUGUUUUAUGAAAAUGUCUUUAUUGUGUUGUACUAUGGAUUUCUGGACACAUUUAUAGCAGCAGUUUUCUUUCUUGUCUUGCAGAAAUUGCCACCCAAAGUUUGUUCCCUAUUUUGGAAUCACACUAUAUAUUGUAUGUAUAUGAAGAUAUAUGUAGGGGAUGGCUUAAGAGUCAGUUAAUCAAGAUUGUUUAAAAUAUACAGUCAGACCUUGAUAUAGUUCCUACCUAAAUAGUCAUGCUGUUGUAAAGCAGUAACAAAUACUGAAAAUAACCUUCAGUACCUGCAUGUUUGCAUUGUAAAUGAUAUCAAUUCAGCAUUUCAAAUUCAAACUUUUACAGAGUGAUCAUAAUUAAAGUUGGUCCCAUUGAAAAAAUGGCACUGAAAGCAAAGAAGUAUGACAUGCGCUACCAAGUGGAAUGCAUCCGAGACUGGGUAUAAAAAUGCCGACAACUAGCGAAUGCAUUCUUAUUGGCUACGGCUAGGAUGGCCAUCACUUUGCCAGAGCAUGCAUUAAUUGCUCUUUUAAGAAAAUCAGGGUAAUUUGGAACUAAAAUUUUUAUUUGCAAAAUACAUUAUUAUUGGUUAGAGCUACAGCAUUCUCUGAAUAGGACAACUUUAAUUAUGAUCACCAGGUAUGUAGUAAUGAAGUCUAUCACAAUCCCUAUUACUCGAAGUUUUUCAGAUUUUUAUUUAUUUUUUAACUCUGUCCUGUGGACACUAAGAGGGCUUCUUUUAGCAAGCCCAAUGUGGGUUCAGCUGGGUGGUGAGGGACAGGGCCCAACCUGAAAAAUUCCUGGGGCUUUUUUUCAUUCAUCUGGAUUCAAUCCCAGAUCUCCAGAGCAGUAGGAUACCAUCAUACCUGAAGAACCUUUGACUGCUUGGCCAUCGAAGUGCUUCAGUUAAGAACCAUACUUUGACAUAGUGCUGGUUGAAAAGUGGCACUAAGUCAAAAUCUAAGAGUUAGCUGUGAUGUGGUCAAUAUAUCUUGGUUAACCAACUUUCGAACCACCCCAUAUAUAUGAAAAUUACUUUUGUCUAGCAUAUUUUAUGCUUUAAAUAGUCAGAUCAUUUGAAAGAUUUCAUUUUCUGUAGAGUAAAAGAACUUUGAAGGAAAAUUGUGUGAUUUUUCACAAAAAAGGAUAUACAGAUUUUGAUAAAUUUUUGUAUAUUUGUAAUUGUUUGCAAUGUUGCAGUAUAUAGUCUGUAUGUCAACAAUAAAUAUUUAUAUGAAUUUAAUAAACUGAAGCCGACAAAUCUCAUAAAAUGUCAUUUUAUAAUGUGGAAAUAUUUAGUAAAGCUGAAAUUGUUUUAUAUGAAAUUUUUCAUUAAUGUAAAUAAAAUGUAGUUCUUACUCUGCUCUCUAAUAUUGUUUAUGCAAAGCUUUUGAUAAGUUAUAAAAGUCUUGAAAUACCCAGCAACACAGUUGUACAAUCUUUUUUCCACAAACACAAAUUUCAAACAAAAAUUUAAUUUGAAAAAGUUUCCUGUUGUAAAUAAAAGCUGUUUUCACUCGAGGUAGGGAGUGGUUUUUUUCUGAAUUCUUUCAACUCUAGACACCAAAACGGUCCUUCCACAGGUCUGCAAGUACAGUCGGGUCCACAACAAGAACACAGCUAAUAUUUCAUUAGCUGGAUAUACAUAAACCUAACAAACUUGGCUACAUGGAACCUAAAAUAUGAACAUAUUAUAGGCUCCAUGCCCACGAAAUUUGGAAGUCCAACUUGAACACUAGUCCCGAGAGCUCAUUAGUGGCCUGCUUAAUAUCUCAGGAUGGGGUAAUGAUUAAGAAACAAAAUUUGGCAUGGUAUAGC